AUGGCUACAGCUAGUCUGGAUAAAGAGUUAAGCUGCUCUAUUUGUCUGAGCAUUUACACAAAUCCUGUAAUGCUCACUUGUGGGCAUAACUUCUGCCAGGAGUGUAUUUCUAGCUUGUUUAACAGCCGGCAAGAAGCAGGAAUUUAUAUUUGUCCAGAAUGCAGAUCAGAGUUCAGGAAUCGUCCAUGCCUGCAGAAAAAUCUGAAGCUGCAAAAUAUAAUUGAACAUUAUCAAUCCUGUCUGCCAAAAGUUAUGAGUGCAGAAGUGUUGUGUACCUAUUGUGUCAUGUCUCCUGUACCUGCUGUAAAAACAUGUCUACGCUGUGAAGCUUCUUUAUGUGAGCUCCAUUUGAGGAACCACAGCAAGUCAGCAAACCAUAUUUUAACUGAACCCACUGCUAAUGUAGAGGACAGAAAAUGCUCCAUUCACAAUGAUGUGGUAAAGUACUUUUGUUUCAAGGAUUCAUCCAUUUUAUGUAUGAAAUGCAGAGAGGGAUCGGAGCACAGGGGACAUCAUGUGGAAUUGCUAAGCAAUGCAUUUGACAAGAAGAAUACACAGUGCCAUGAUUUGUUGAGGAAACUGAAAUUAAAGAAAGCGCAGACCGAUAAACAACUUAAGGAACUACAAGUACAUAAAACUGAAGUGCAAGCAAAGGCAGAUUACUUCAAAGGUAACGUUACAGCCUUUUUUGGGGACCUACGGAAGGUGCUGCAAGCCCGGGAACAAGACAUUUUAAGAGAUCUCACUAGACAAGAAGAGCAGGUUUUAUUCCCACUAUCGGAUCUGAUUUGUAACCUGGAAUUAGAAACAAAUGACCUGCAAAUGAAGAUACUUCGAGCUGAAGGGCUGUGUUCUGUUACAGACCCAGUAACUUUUCUGAAACAAAUUUGCAUUACUCCUGAUAUUGAAAAUGUAUGUUAUGGACAACUGGAAAUCUGUGAUGACAUCAAUCUGGAUGAGGUCAUCAUUGAGGUCUCUUUGCAGAAUGCACUGCACAAGCUAUGUGCCAGUCUUCCAGAACUGAAGGUAAAGAGGGGAUUUAUUAUAAAAGACGCCUCAGAUAUGAUACUGAAUGUAAACACAGCAAGCAUUAAUAUUGUAUUAUCACAUGACUUGAAAUAUGCCUCUCACACUGAUAGAGAAAACUACCGGCCCCAUCAUUCAGAGAGGUUUACAACAACACAAGUUUUAACCACUGAUAGAUUUAAUACAGGUGAACAUUACUGGAAAGUGCAAACUAGUAGUGAAGGGGACUGGAGUGUAGGAGUGACUUAUAACACAGUAAAGAGAAAAGGAGAUUUAUCAUUCAUCGGAAGAAACUGGAAGUCCUGGUGCUUAAAUUGGCAUGAAGGUGAACUUGUAGCAGAACACGACAACCGUGAGGAAUACAUCGAUUCAUAUACUGGAUCAAAUCUUGGAGUUUACCUGGAUUAUGAGUGUGGGCGUCUGUCUUUUUAUGAAUUGUCUAAACCAAUGAGACACUUACACACGUUCACUGCUGAAUUCACAGAGCCACUGUACGCUGCCUUCUAUUUAGAUAAUGGUGGCUGGAUUACAAUUGGAAAUUAA